AUGUUUCUUCCUAGUCUCCUCCUCGCGGCAGUUCUAUCCAGCAUUGCAACUGCCCAGGGUAAUGUCACGUGCAACGCGACAUCAUCGUUGGCCACGACACAAUUGCCCAGCGGCGAUGACCUUAUGACGAGACUCAGCGAUGCAGUCAACAUCACCACACUGGGCGCCGAUCUCGUGAUCCGGAACGCGAGCAUAUUCACCGCCGCCGAAGGCGCGUCAUCCACAGCGAGGGGCUUUGCGGUCAAGAACGGCAGCUUCAUUGCGGUCACUGGCAACGACACCGAGCUGGAGCCGUUCAUUGGUUCGAAUACCGUGGUGAGGGAUCUGGCCGGUGCGCCGGUCGUUCCCGGCUUGUUCGACGCGCAUAUUCACCAUUUUCUUGGGGGAAGGAAGAUCGUGAAAGAAGUGCAGUUCCCGUCCUCUGCCUCCGUCGAUGAGGUGCUCCAGGCCAUCAAGUCCUACGCCGCCAACAUGACCGACGCCACCGCUUGGAUCACAGGCGGCAGCUGGGGAAGCGUUCUUCUACCCGAAAUCUCCAAGACGGGAGCUCUGGCACGUUUGGAUGAGGCUUCAAGUGGACACCCCGUCCUGCUCGAUGAUGACAGUCAUCACAACGCCUGGGCCAACACCGCCGCUCUCAAGGCCGGCGGGGUCUACACGGACACCAGCACGGGUGUCCUAAUCGAAGGCGCAGUCUCACCGGUCCGCCAGGCACAGACUGCGGCCGAACCCGAAAGUAUCGAUGACCUCAAAGAGUACUCCCUCGCCGCAUGGGACCUUUUGCAUUCCUACGGCGUGACCGGCAUCCAAGACGCCAGCGUGUCGCAAGAACAACUCGACGCUCUGGUCUCGUUAGACGAGGAAGACAAGUUGCAGGGAUGGGUAUCGAAUUGUCUGGCUAUGAACGGAGGAUUGGCAACGCCCGGGUUGAACGCCACCGAAUUCGAUGAGCAUGCCCGCGAGGUCCACCGUGACCGGGUCCGCACCGACUUCACCAAGCUCAUACUGGACGGAGUGCCACCCGCCCAGACAGCUGGCUUUCUCGAGGCCUAUCUCCCCUCCACGGAACACGGCUGUAACCACCACGGCCAAGUCUUCAACACCACCGAGGAGAUAGUUGACAUCCUGCGGCUGUACCGCACGCAGGGCCGCAGCACCAAGAUCCAUAGUAUCGGGGACUGGACCGUGCAAGUAGCCAUGGAUGCGUUUGAGAUCCUCCGGGCGGAGGGAUCCACCCAGAAAUACCAAAUUGCCCACGGCCAAUUCGUGACUCCCGAGGAUCGACGGCGGAUGAAGCUUCUCAACGUGGUGGCCGACGUGUCGCCCUUUCUCUGGUACCCUGGUAUCAUCACCCAAUCGAUCGCCACCGUCUUGCCCGAGGAGAUAGCUUCUCACAUACAGCCCAACCGGGACCUGCUCGACCUAGGUAUCCUGGUCGCCGGGGGCUCUGACUGGUCUGUCAGCGCCGUUCCCAACCCCUGGGAAGGCAUCGGGGGGCUGGUCACCCGCCAAGACCCCACUGGUCAGUUCCCAGGCACCCUGUGGGAGGAGCAGGCCGUGACUGUGGAAGAGGCGAUCCGCAUUUUCAGCAUCAACGGAGCCAAGGCCGCCGGUCUCGACGAUGUCGUCGGUUCCAUCGAGGUUGGCAAGGCCGCCAACUUCAUCGUUGUUGAUCGUAACCCGCUCACAGUCGACACGACGGAGAUUGGCCAGACCAAAGUCCUCUCCACAACCGUCGCUGGCAAGGAGGUCUUCUCUCAGUCCGCCUAG